CGAAGUUUUGAAACGCACGUCAAACCUAUUUUGACAUAACAGAAUUUUGAUAUUUUGACUCCAAUAUUAUCAAAAAUUACAUUACCGUUAAUUAAAAUAGUAAACAAACGUUUCAAUCGUUCCACAAACGAACAACCAACAAUAACAUCUAAUAGUGAUUGUCGCGUAAAAUCAACAAAAUCUUCGAAAUUCCCUUUUGCCUACGUGUAGUUUAGAACAAAAAAUGUAUAUUGGUUGAGAAGACCACCCAGUCACCAUUAUUAUGAAUAAGAAGCCGAGAACCGGUCCCAGGAUCAGGAUCACGCGAACACGGACCCGUAAAGCCGACGAAUUCGACGAGAAAAAAUACAUCUUCCCCUGUCAAUAUUGCCGACUGAAAUUCACCACCAACCACCAUUACCUCCGCCAUAUGACUUCGAACCACGAAGUGCAGCAGAAAGCGGCCACUUUUGAGUGCAACGACUGUCAAAUAGUGUUCAACAAGAAGAGCAACUUGGACAUGCAUUGUCAAACCCAACAUCAAAUUAAAAGCAAGUUGAAGUGUGAAAGUUGUGCUGUAACUUUUAAAUCAAGGUACUGUCUCCGCCGCCAUCUCAAAUUAAAGCAGGUUCUGGCGGAAAACUCCUGUUUGAAGUGUCAGAAGAAGUUUACUAGCAAGGAUGGGCUGGCUAAGCAUGUCAAAAAUAAACAUUCGAACAAAGCUGUUAUAUUUGAGUGUCAGCUGUGUUCGCUGAAGUUUAAAGCUGAGGAGUCUCUCCGUAGUCAUCUGAACAGGAUCCAUAAGAGGUUAUGAUUAGUUUAAGGUAAUAAUGGUUUGUCUAUUGUCCAUUGUGCAGUUUCUGGAAAUUCGCUGAUUUAAUCUGAUAUGAGGACUCAGCGGGAUGGUAAGAGAGCUUUGCAGAUGAUAGUAAUACUUAAUAAGACAGUUUAAUACUGUUUAAGUUAUGUUUGAUAUUACCCAGUGGGUAUAACAAAAAUAAUUUACUUGAUUAUUGAAAAAAACACCUUUAAAUGGGCUAAUGUGAGUUACUUGUAAAUUAGUAAAAUAUGGGUCUUCCUAUUUUGAAUUUAUCACUAAUUUGUUUUGCCAUUGAAUAUUAUUUUUAAAUAAAACACUCCUAUAGCCAAGAGUGUUGGUGACUGACGCAAAACCAUAUGCAGGGCAAAGAAAAAAUACACAAAGUCUGGGUGGAGAAAAAAAGUUUCUCAACUCUCUCUCAACUGUUCUUCUUUUAAAUUAUGGCCACCAUUUAUUUAUCGGUGAUUUUGCCAAUGUUGAGUAAUAAUAGUAAAUACAAAACAAAAAGUGACUAUAAAAUCAGAUCACCAUUUUGUCAAAUUUUAACUUAUGUUGGUAUUGGUUAAAGAAGUUUGUCCAAGGCAACAUGAGAGGACCUGGGCAAUUGCCCGGUUCACACCUAAUACCACCUCUGAUCAAAAGUAUGUUCACCUUGAAGGUUUUUUUCUAAUAUGUUACAUCCCGAGCUGUAAUAAAAAAUAAUAGACAUAAAGUCUAUCAUGCCUAUGAAAGUCGCUCUUAAGGGCUGCCGGCAGCCUCUUAACUGGUUCAAAUGGGCAAUAAACUGACUAUGUAUGUCUUAUAAGUACAUAACUACAUAAUAUUAAUAUAUAUAUCAAUGGCAGUAACAUAGAAUACUCAAAUUAUGAAAAUAUUUUUUCUUAAUUUUUUUGGAAUAACUGUUUAAGUGCAGAUAAUAGAGUGCAUUGUGAAAUGUUGUAAUUAAGCAAACUUUCGGAUUUUUUUGGGUUUAUAAUAAAUAAUUAUAUAAUUAUAUUUUAUUUUCUUCUGAAGUUUAAAAAACUGAGACCCUGAAAUUGGUUCUAUUUUGAUGUCUAUCAUUCACAUAGAUAUAAAGAAACAUGUAUAAUGUCUAAUACUAUCAUUUCAUUCCAAAAAGUCAUGAUUCUUAUGGCAAAAUGCCAUGUUUGUAAUCAUUUAUACAGUUGUCUGUUUUCCAGUAUUCAAAAUAAAAUAUUCCCAAUACACAAAUAUAAAAAAGUGCUGAGUCUGAAAUCUGCUAGUGGUAGGAUAUAUUUUAUAUCCGCCUGGAUAGCGACCGUACACAAGGUGUUAGAACCACAGUGGCCCACGUGUCGCUCCGGGAUCAGCCUGUGUAUAUCCAACUCCAACAGGCAUAAUUGUGUCGACUGAGGGGUAAUCUCUCGUGAAUUGACAUUCUAUUGAACUCCACUCUGCUUACCUUCAGGUGCAGUGAUGUCACUUUGCUGCGCCUGAAUGAAAAAUUAAAAAUUCCCAAUAUAGCAAUAGGCUUGCCCACAUAUAUUACGGCU